CUCUAUUUUUUUUUUCAUUGGGCAAGAAAGCCACACAACUGAUGACGAUUUUUUCUGCGCAUUCUGAUUCGGUCGAUAUGUGCUUUUUAACGUUCGAAUCUCUGGCACCCGGAAGAUUGUGCAGUUUAAAGGAGCAGAUUUAAGCCAGGUGCUUGUAGAAUGGACACAAGCGUGCGCAGGAUUGAAGUUUCAUCCGAACCUGGAAAAAUCUAUUUCCUGAGAGUAACCUGGGAAGAGGAUCUUGGGUCAGGUUUCAGUGUGGAUUUGUGUGAUGGACAGUCAGCUUGGACUGGGAAAGUGUCUGAAGAAGAGGUUUCUAAAGAAGCCCAAGAAAUGGAAAUGAAGAGACAGAUUUAUGUCGAUGAGCUCUGUCAGGCCCUGACUGCUGGAGGAAAGCAAACAAACAGCUACAGUUUUGAUCUCUCCAAAGAUCCUGCAGACAACCGCAGCCUCCAUUUCUCUUAUGAGAAAGUGCUGAAAGACGUAUUCUUUAAACUUGGAUCCGUUGAGCUGCAUACCGUCUCAAAGCCCAUUGAAGUCAUUAAAGAGCUGAUUAACCACGGACUUGACCGCAGCACCGAGCUACGGGCCAGGAAUGAACACCUGCUGGGAGAGAAUGAGAGGCUGGGACAAGAACGAGACUACGUUACUGAAGAGUUAAAGAAAUACGUCCAGGCCAAGGAGGUUCUGGAGCAGGAUCUGUACACUCGCUUUGUCCUGGUCCUCAAUGAGAAAAAGGCUAAGAUAAGAAGUUUGCAGGAGAAGUUAAAACAAGCACAAGAAGAGGUGGAGUCGGAACUGCAGCAUAGAGGUGACACAUCUACUGUUGAGAGCAAAGCGCCAGCAGAGCAAGAUUAUGAGGGAAGCACAGAUGAAGAAAACACAGAGAAUGAUGAGAAUCCCAGACCUUCAACAUCAGCCAGAGUUAAACGUGGCCACACCCCCCUCGAUGACAGUUUGCAUGAUGUCACUGACGUAGCACCCACCCGCAAGCGCCGACAACGAAACCAAAGAGGUGAAAAGUCAGAUGCUGGGAAAGAAACCAAAGAGCCACAGGAAAAAGGAAGCCUUUUAUUGAAAAGAUCUCCAGCACAAUAACAGGAAUGUAGCUGAUGCUAAUAGCAGGUCGGGCUCCGCCCAGCAGAAAUCAAGCAGCAGCAGUCAGCCACCAAAGGAAUGUGCAACCCCAGCCAGGAGCACCCCAGACCCAGAAGACCUCUUUGAUGACAUCUAGCCCAUCUUUUUUUAUAAUAAUAAAAUACAGCCCUUCAUUUA